CUCAAAACGGCGGGACAGGCGCGAAAUCUCGUGAUACCACCAACCAAGGUACUGCUAACUCCUACCAUAGAUCGAAGCGGUACCCGGACCAAAGUACCAUCUCGACUAAACCGCGUAUAAAACGUGGCUGAUGUGCCGGGCCCGCGAGAUAUACGAAAAGUACCAUCGCGGUGUCGUGUUCACAUUCUCAUUCUCAUACGUGGUACUACUUGCAUCUGAUACACACAUUUCAUUUGGAUGGUAUAGAGUGGGUGUGCGUCUGUUUCGUAAUAGGCACAGCAGCUUGUUUUGGACCCACCGGGGACUACUUUAAACAAGAUGAGGGUGACAUGUGCCGUAGUUUUCACAGUAUUAUCCUGCGUGGUAGCAGAUCCAGCUAUCGCACAAGCACAGAGCAGACCUGUGUCCAAUCGGCCUGGUAGAUUCCUGUCACUGCCAAAUGCACAAAAAUGUGCAAACAGACCAAAACAGUUCUUCUUCAGAGGCCACAACUACUUUUUCAGUGGACACGUUCCCGAGCUGGCAGGUAGGAAAGUCGACUGGUUAGACGCAAGAAACAUCUGCAGGGAAUACUGCAUGGAUCUCGUCUCGAUGGAGACCCAGGAGGAGAACAAUAUGAUCUUCAGACUGAUUCAACAAAACGACGUGCCAUACAUCUGGACCUCAGGCCGCCUGUGCGAUUUCAAAGGCUGCGAAAACCGACCUGACCUCGAGCCAAAGAACAUCUUCGGUUGGUUCUGGUCAGCGAACAGGGAGAAGAUCCAACCCACCAAUCGUGCACCAGCUGGCUUUUCCUUCAACCCCUGGUCCCAAACAGGCCACAAGAAGCAAAGACAACCUGACAACGCUGAGUUUGACAUCAACGGCACCAGCGAAUCUUGCCUUUCUAUCCUCAACAACGUAUACAAUGACGGAAUCGCUUGGCACGACGUGGCUUGUUAUCACGAGAAACCUUUCGUUUGCGAAGAUUCCGAUGAAUUGUUGAAUUACGUUGCGUCGACAAAUAGGGGAAUCAGAUUGUAGAUACGAUUCGGUGGAGAAUGUUGCACUCUAGGCGGGCAAUUUUAAGGUCUGUGGAGGUACCUUAAGCAUGGUUCACACCCGAGUCUUUUUAUGUGUAUGCGAUUUUUAAGAUUAUGCAUUACAACACUCAUAGUUGCGUCAUAGUAACGUCAUUUUAUGAUGAUGUUGUAGAAAAAUAUGGCUUCGUGUGACCUUAUUGCGUUUUUUUACAUCCUAUGUAUUUCCUACAAAUUUGUUUUUGAAGAAGAAAAACAAAAUGAGAUUUGAAGUGACUCAAUUCAAAGUUUGUAUUUCAAGGAUGUUGUUGAUGAAUCCCUCCAGUGUGAAACACGCUUGAGUACAUCUACAGCUUUCAAUUAUGUAAGCUCAUUGGUCCAUAUUAUGAAAUUCUUUAAUAAUUAUAUACGUUUUAUAUUUUUUAUCAGAUCUUGAUCUUGCUACAAGACACUGCCCAUUGCUAUCUUAGAAACGACUUUUUCCUACACUUCGUAGAAAUUGUGAUAUUUUGGUCAGAGUGCAACAUUUAUCUAUAAGUUGUUAUUGUGCAAUUUAAGCACAUAGUACAAUUAAUGUCAGUAUGAGAUUGCAUUCCCCAUUUUUUGUUGUAAACUUUCAAAAAUUCAUCCUAAAAUAGUUAGGUAUGCUGUCAUCUACUGUACUUACUAGGUAGUUGUAAUUUUCAGUUUGUAAAAUAUUUUGUACACUUAUUUAUUUUUUCAAUGUUCACAGUACCUAUGUUAUAAUUUUCUGUAAGGUACUUUAUACGUAUGGAUGUAUUUUAGCAUUAUCAUUAUGUAAAAAAUAAAAUUAUGAAAACAUCUUUCAUUACUUUUCUGUCAUAGCUGAAACCUGGUUAAAGCAGAUUGGCAUCAGGCAUAUGUUGAAAUACAAGAUUUCAAAUAUAUUCAUUGAGAAAGAAAAUAAAAGA